GCAGGCUGCUGCCGUGUCCAGCGCCCUUGCCGGGAGGCCCUUGCCAUCCCCCCGGCGAUGUUGUCUCCUCAGAGACAAGCUGGGAGCUUAAAAGACGCUUUUUAAGGCUAGAUUGUGCCUUGGCUGCAAGGAUGUGGCAUCUCGGGUUUCCAUGAUCCUGGGGUUGUGCCAGCCAGGUGGUCAACAGCCACUUCUUAGUGACUUGGCAACCUCUUCUGCACCCUACUUUCCUCCUACGCACAUGGGGAGCGAAGGUACAAGCUGCACCCCAGCAAGUGGCUGAAGACAAAUUUGUAUUUGAUUUACCAGACUAUGAAAACAUCAACCAUGUAGUGGUCUUCAUGCUGGGAACUAUACCAUUUCCAGAUGGAAUGGGAGGAUCUGUCUAUUUUUGUUACCCAGACCAGAGUGGGAUGGCAGUGUGGCAGCUGCUGGGGUUUGUCACUAAUGAGAAGCCAAGUGCCAUCUUCAAAAUUUCUGGUCUGAAAUCUGGGAAGGGAAGUCAGCAUCCCUUUGGUGCCAUGAACCUCCCACAGACACCAACAGUGGCUCAGAUUGGAAUCUCAGUGGAACUGCUGGAGACCCUGGCUCAGCAGACUCCUGUUGCAAGUGCUGCUGUGUCAUCAGUAGAUUCAUUCACAGAGUUCACUCAGAAGAUGUUGGAUAACUUCUAUAACUUUGCUUCCUCGUUUGCUGUUACUCAGGCACAGAUGACCCCAAAUCCUUCUGAAGCUUUCAUUCCUGCAAAUGUAGUUCUGAAAUGGUAUGAAAACUUCCAGAGACGUCUGACACAGAACCCUCUCUUUUGGAAAACAUAAGUUUAAAUUCUCGCAUUUUGAGUUCUUUCUAGAGUGUUACCUGAAAGAUGCAUCAAGUAACUCUACUGAAGAUUUCUGGGGGGGAGGAGGGGAAAAACCCAAACAACGAUUAGUCUAAAUAGACAAACUAGUAACUUUUAUAUUACUCUUGAACAGUAUUUAAAAUUAAAAUCAAUGAAAAUUACUAGUCUGCAUGUUGGUUUAUUUAAUUUAAAUGCUUGGCUGCAACAAGAAAUCAAUGUUCCAUGUAGAAAUAUUUAUUUGAAACUGCAUUUAAAGUGGAAAAAAUUACAAGAUGAAAAAUGGCA